AUGCCGAUUGUUGCCGCUAAAGGAGGGGUUUCAACGGGGAGCGCCGGUUCGGCGAGCAGCGUUCCAAGGCGCUCGAAUCCCAAGGGCCGUAGUACCAAACGUAGCAUCCUCCCCGUCGCCUUGGGAAUCUCCGCAUGCUCCGACCAGGAGAUACGACAAGGCCCGCCGCCCGGAAGCAUGGACGAGCCGGUCUUAUCCGCCGCUGACGUGGCGCUGUUUGAUAGGGUGCGGAGAUUGUACCCCGACGGGCAGCCCAAGGGGAGCGGCCAGGGGGAGGAGGACCGAGUCGCCUUCUUAUUCCUGACACGUGGACCCAUGCCUCUGAGUAAACUAUGGGAGAGAUACCUUCGGGGCCACGAGCAGCGGUAUUCGGUGUACGUGCAUGCAACGCCAGGGUUCCAGUAUCCCUUGGACUCGUCGCCUGUGUUCUACGCGCGGGAGAUCCCCAGCGAGAAGGUGCAGUGGGGCGACCCCUCCAUGGUGGCAGCGGAGCGACGGCUGCUGGCGAACGCACUGCUGGACCCCGCCAACAAGCGCUUCCUCAUUCUCUCUGAGUCGUACGUGGGAGGGGAAGGGGGGGGGGGGGGAAGGGGAUGGGAUGAAGUGAAUGCAUGGGUGCAGUGGGGCGACCCCUCCAUGGUGGCAGCAGAGCGACGGCUGCUGGCGAACGCGCUGCUGGACCCGGCCAACAAGCGCUUCCUCAUUCUCUCUGAGUCUGCGUGCAACAACGACUGGAACUGCAUGGGGCACUACAGCAGUCGCAUGCAGCCGCAAGUGCCAAGGAACCAGUGGAGCAAAGGCUCUCAGUGGUGGGCGCUGACAUGGCACCACGCCUUCCUUGCGGCCACGGACAGAACCAUCUACCCCACCCUUGCCAGGUGGUGCAAGGGUGACAACUGGCACCGGCACUGCUAUUUGGAUGAGCAUUAUUUUCAAACCCUACUCAAGAUCAAAGACCCAGACCACGUGGCGAGGAGAGGGCCAACAUGGGCGAUGUGGUCAGGGGGGGCACACCCAGUGGAGUAUACACGGGAGCAGCUCACCCCGCGCUUCCUCACGUCUGUCAAGUGGGACUCCAAGUGCUCCUGGGGUGGUUACCAGAACUCCUGCUUCCUUGUUCUUAGGAAGAUUGCACCCAGCUCGCUACAGACUCUGCUUAAUUACACUCCAGAAGAGCUUGGUUACUGA